AUGACCCAGAUGAAAGUUUAUGGGAUUCUGUUUUCUGUUCUUCAAGCUAUGGGAUCUCUGCUCAAUCAGGCUUCAAUUUUUGAAAGCGGAUCUAGACCUAGAUCCAAAACCAGACACCAUAGAUGGAAAAUGUUACUUUUACUCAUCGCUAUCUCUAUGUCUAUAACGGUACAAGGAAGUAUGUUGGAUUUCUUGAAACCUGCGACUCGGAAAAUAAGCGACCUAUCUCGAAACAAAGGCUCAACAACGGAAAAAGCUCGUCCUAUGAUAGGCCACCAUACAACGCGCGAGUUUAAGCACGAGAAAAAUGGUCAUUUAGUAUCACCACAAGAAAGUGGCAUCAAGCAUAUAGGUCAACUUGAUCAGAAAGAGUGGAAAUUGGCCGAGUCACAACAUGAGAUAUCACCUCAAGCCAGUACCCCAAGGAAUCGCGCUUCACGCCCUCCAAGACACCCGAAGAAAUUCCAACAAUCUUGGCCAUUACCGCUUUCCACGGAGGCAGAUGAGACAAAACGCCCGACCCAACAUCCUGAUCUCAGAGACACCAGCAGAACCCUGAAUGGGAAGCAUAGGCCUAUUGAUGAAUCGACUGGCGCCGAGAUUCGUGCCCUUGAAACCCCACAAGACCCGGAUUUUUCAUUUCCGAUUUGGCAUUCGGAAAAAGAACAAGGGACUUCAGAUCCUACAUUUCGGUUUUCGAACACGCAAAAAGCAAAAGGUUACUGGGAGUACCCAAAACCGAGCAAUUAG